UCUCUCUCUCCCCCACGCGGCCACGCCGGCGUCAUGAGUCCCUGUCGCCGGCGCCUCCACCUCGCCACUGCCGGCACCUCCACCUCGCCACUGCUGGCGUCGUCCUCCCCGACUUCUCCAUCGGGGUUCAUCUCCUCGCCGGCUCCGCAUCCAUCGCCUCGAGUCAGCGUGGGCGGUGACGCUGGACGAGCUCCUCCGGGACGAGGCCGCUGCCGCCGCCGGGGGGUGGAGGUGGACGCCCCGUGCGCGUCCUCGUCUACGACGCGUUCCUCCUCUGGGCGCGCGCUGUGGCGGUGGCGUUCACGUUCUUCACGCAGUCGUGCGCCGUCAACGUGGUGUACGGCCACGCGUGGUGCGGCCGUGUACACGUCCCCGUGGAGGCCGGCGCCAUCGCGCUGAUCGGCUUGCCGGCGCUGGAGCUGGAGGGCUUGCCGUGGUUCAUUAAGGUCGGCCCCGGCCCGUACCCGGCGUACUUCGACUUGGUGAUGAAGCAGUUCGACAGGCUGGAGCUCGCCGACGACGUGCUCGUCAAUUCAUUCUACGAGUUCGAACCCGAGCUGAGCUAGUAACCCCAUCAAAGCUACAGUAGCAACUAUCUGCUGGUGAUAAUGAAAUUGCAGACUUGCCUGCAGCUUGCUUGCCGGCGUCACUGUUGGCUUGCAGCUGGCCCGCUGCUGUCUGCCGCCUCCCGUGCACGCCCGCGCAGUGUCACGCCAUCGCCAUCUACUGUGCGUGUCACGACAUCGGCUCGGAACACAAGUCAACCCAAAAGAUCGGACCGACCAUGUACCCACAGAGUGUGUGGACCCGGUAGUCAGAGACCGGGCCACGGUAAGAGAGAGAGACCUUGAGCACAUUGCUAUAAAGGUCGGCAGGAUUGGAGAGAGAGGGAUAUGAAAAACAUUGUACACAACAAUUCCCAAUUGAUUCAAAUCUCUCUUCCUGCUAUCUUGUUCUGUUCUUUCUUCCUCCUCAAGCUGCUCUUUCCUCCCUCCAAUUCCUCAAAUCUCCACGAACUCGCUGAAGAAUUAGUGUACUCAUGACAAUUUGGUAUCAGAGCAUCGAUCCUGGAGAAGCCACGCUAUACAUCUCGCCUUCAGCUGCAGGUCGAAGCGAUGGAGAAGCAGAAUAUCGACUUUGGCAAGGUCUUAAUGGAGAUUCAGGAGUCGCUUGUCUCGCUGAAUCGGGCGCAAGGCGAGACGCAACCGCCGUCAACAAGCUGGACCAAGGCGUGACCAACUGGAGACCGCAAGUAGAAGCGGCAGUGAAGGAGUUGCGUGAGGAGGUGGGUGAUAUCCGCCAGCAAAUGGACCUGCUCGGCAAAUCGCAGUCCGCGCCGCCGGCGACGUCUUCCCCUCGAGUUCCGUUGACGGACGAGGAAAGGAAGGCGCCGUUGCUUCCUACGCCACCAGCUUCGCGCGUGGCUGCGGCGGGGGACAGCGGAGACAAGUGGGCCAGUGGCCGCCAACAUCCACAUGAACACCGGGGAAGGGCACCAGGUGUGGUUACCACCGUGGUCCCGACCUCGGUCAAGGGUACGUUCAGUUCACCUGCUCCAUCUUUGGGAAUUUUGGAUUGGGAAAAUGAUUUUGAUUCGGGAGAGCGUAGGUUUAACCAUAGAGUCCCUAAGUUAGAUUUCCCAAAAUUUGAUGGUUCAGAUCCACAUGAUUGGAGAAUGAAGUGUGAGCAUUACUUUGAUGUGAAUAACACUUAUCCAGGGUUGUGGGUUAGAGUCUCUAUCAUUUACUUUUCUGGGAGGGCUGCUUCGUGGCUGAGAUCAACUAGAGCUCACUUGCGGUUCCCUAAUUGGGAGGAUUUUUGCGCUGCAGUAUCUGAUAAGUUUGAUAGAGACCAGCAUGAUUCGCUAAUUAGACAGAUGGAUCAAAUUAAACAGACGGGUUCGGUUUGGGAGUAUUAUGAACGAUUCGAUGAAUUGAUGAAUCAAUUGCUAGUUUAUGAUCCUGGGGUAAAUAUGUGUUACUUGACACAUAGAUUUAUUGAUGGGUUGCGUCGGGAGAUUAGAAAUGCUGUUUUACUUCAGAGACCCAAGAAUCUCGAGUCUGCUCUGGCUGUUGCUUCCUUGCAGGAGGAAGUGUUGGAAUCAUCUGACUCCACACCGGUGAAGGAGGGCAAGAAGUUUGAGAGUUCUGGGCAGCACAAGACUGGUGGAAAUUUUAAGGGAGCUUUUCCUUUACCAUUGCCUCCUGGUCGUCAUUUGGGGGUAAUUCAGAGUGCAAGAGUGGAUGAGAAGAAGGAAGGGGAAAUUAAAAGAUUGUCUGCAUCUUCAGAGAAAGUGUCAGCUCUUAAAGCACAGCGUCGGGCACAAGGAUUAUGUUACAUAUGUGCUGAGAAAUGGUCUCCCACUCAUAAGUGUGCUAACACUGUGCAAUUGCAUGCAGUUCAGGAGCUGUUUUCUGUUUUGCAUGAAGCUUGUGAUGAGGCAGUUUGCAAUCCUGAGAAUUCUGUUUUAUCGGACAGUCAGGUGUUGAUGGCAAUCUCUGUACAUGCAGUUCAAGGAUCUGAAGCUAGUGGAUGCAUGAGGAUGUUGGGUCAGAUUCAAGGCAAGGACGUUUUUAUUUUGGUAGAUUCUGGUAGCACUGCAAGUUUCAUUAGUGCUCGAGUGGCAGAAGGGUUAUCGGAACUUUCUCAGAUUGCUACUAAUUUGCAAGUGAAGGUGGCUGAUGGAGCUACUUUGCACUGUCAGUCUGAAAUUCCGGCCUGUGAAUGGAGCACUCAAGGACAGAAAUUUUGCACUACUCUCAAGAUAUUACCAUUGGGAAAUUAUGACAUGAUAUUAGGAAUGGACUGGCUAAUGCAGCACAGCCCAAUGACUGUGAAUUGGGUUACUAAAUCUCUCACAAUUGAAGGCAGGAAUCCAGUUGUUACUUUGCAGGGAAUUUUGUCAAACACUGCACAGUGCGGACUUAUUCCUUCCAAAUAGUUGAAUGGGUUGAAACAUAGACAGGCAGUAGCAAAUCUUGUUCAACUGUGUUGUGUUACAGACCUGGAACCUUCAGAAGAAUUUCCUCUUGCAGUACAACAGGUGCUAAAUAAAUUUGCUUCAGUAUUUGAGGAACCUCAGGGUCUGCCACCUGUGAGAUCGUUUGAUCACACCAUUCCUUUAAUCCCUGGAGCAAUGCCUGUCAACGUGAGGCCUUACCGUUAUACUCCAUCCCAGAAAGAUGAGAUUGAGUCUCAAGUCCAAGAAAUGCUGUCUAAGGGAUUGAUUCAGCCCAGCUCAAGUCCAUUCUCUUCACCUGUGCUGUUGGUUAAUUUCUUCCUCCUCAAGCUGCUCUUUCCUCCCUCCAAUUCCUCAAAUAUCCACGAACUCGCUGAAGAAUUAGUAUACUCGUGACACGCAGUCGAGCCAUUCGUCGCCGCCCGCCAGCUGCUCGCUAUCGUCACCCAGCGCAGCUUCGGCCCUCACCGCCCGCCGCCGGCCGAAGGGGGAAGAACCGAUGAGAAAGGGAGAGAAAGAAAGAAGGAAGAGAGGGAGGAGGAAGAAGGGAUUUAUGUGGGCCCCACAUGUCAGUGGGCCCACAAUUUCUUUUUUGAAUGACAAAUGGGCCCCGCAUAUAUAUUUUUAAUUCUAAUGCCACUUAAGCGCCAUGUCAACGCCACAUAGGACGAAGACCUAGUCAAUACUGCCACGUAGACGCUAUGUCAGCGAAACCAUCAUCCAAAACCGCCGAGGGAGUCAAAUUAUACCGGUUUUAAUAGUUGAGGGGUCAAGAUAUCCGGUAUUAUGGUUUAGAGUCAUGGAUUAGAUUCUGGUCACUUUUAAGGGAGUCAAAGUGAACUUAUUCCUAGUUUUUAUUAGCUGUAUAGCUGGCCAUCUAAGGUGAAAUUUUUUGCUUGGAGAUUAUCACUGAAUUCCAUCCCAACUGAGAAGGUGCCUAAGCAACGAAAUAUGAGUACAACUUGUAUAUGUAAAGUUUGUGGUGCUGCAGAGGAUACUUGGGAUCAUGCACUUCUUCAUUGUACUAUGUCAAAAUGUGUGUGGGCUUUGAUGGAUAAUGAUCUUGCAGAACUAAUUGCAACCACGAAUAUUAAAGAUCCCAAGGAUUGGCUCUUUUACAUGCUUGAUGUUUUAAAACCUGGAGACAGGACGAAGCUACUUGUAUCAUGUUGGGCAAUUUGGCGAGCUAGACGGAGAGUUUUGCAUGACGAAUUUUAUGAAAGCCCUUUAACAAGAAUGCAUUUUAUUAAAUCAUAUUUAGCUGAUAUGGAUUUGAUUAAUAUUCCUCUAUGCCUACAGGAUAAGAAGCACUUGACUUAUCCUAAAGUACCAGUAUGGAUGCCACCUCCAGAAGAUUGCGUAAAGAUAAAUGUGGAUGCAGCAAUAUCACGAUGGGGUAACAAGGGAGCUGUUGGGGCAGUGUGUCAUACUGUAUCUGGUGAAUUUGUGGCAGCCAGUGCUAUGGUCUGGGAAGGGCUCUCUGACUCGGCAACUUUGGAAGCACUUGGAUGCAAUGAAGGCUUGGCAAUAGCUAUGGGCUGUAAUAUGUCAGAGGUCUGUAUAGCCUCAGACUGCCUUGAGGUCAUUAGGAGCAUCUCAAAGAAACCAAGGUGCCAAUAUUUAGCAGUCCUAAAUGAUAUUGAGGCAAGAAGGAAGCAUUUUGCAAAAGUAGAGUUUCGUCAUGAAAAUCAGGCUUGUAAUUUUGAUGCUCACAACUUAGCUAAGUUUGCUUCUACUUUACAGGAGGGGUGUUAUCUUUGGUUUUCAAAUCCUCCUUGUAAUAUGAAUAGGAAUGUAAAUGUGGACAGUAAUAAAUAAAUUGUCCGCUCUUUCUCAAAAAAAAAAAAGCUGUAUAGCUGAAUA